AUGGGCUUCCAGCGACGAUGCGGUGCCGAAGGCAUGCUGGUUCUUGUCGGCGUGCUUGCAUCCGUCGCGCUUGCGGAUGACGCGAAUCGCAUCCUGUACCCCAACGGGUCGGGCCUGACUUUUCAUUAUCUUGACACAAUCCAAGUUGCGUACGAGACCGACUACAGCACGCCAUACAUGUACCUCUACUGCCGAGACGCCAAUGGCAAUCAGAUUGUUUUCUAUAGCCCGAGUGAUAUCAAGGACAAGCAGAGCAUCCUGAUACAGCUGCAGUCGAACACCGAGUUCACAGGCAGCCCUUGCUGGUUCAAUCUGGUUCCUGAGCAGCCCUCAUCUCUCACCACGGAUAUCGGCGUCAAGAGUUCCGAAUUUGGUUAUGUCAAGCAAGAGGAUGGCAAGAAAACCUUUAGCCUCGCACCGACAGCCAGCUCAGCAACGAGCUCACAGGCAACUUCGGCCGCAACCAAGGCAGCACAAUCCACCUCUUUCUCGACCAGCACGUCGCCCUUUAGCAAGAGUAACGACAGCGGCCCGUCCACGGGCGCAAAAGCGGGCGUUGGCGUCGUCGUGACCCUGGCUGGGCUCGCCAUCAUCGCCGCAGCGACCUGGAUCCUCGUCCGCAGGCGUCGCGCCCGCCUCGUCGACGGCCGAGGCCAUGCCGCCACGGGCCCGGAGCCCUCGCAGGCGCCCUCGUUCUACACCAGUUCGCCGGCCCCCGGAGCGGCCAAGGAGAUGCCGACCUACCACGAGCUGCCGCACGAGCGCCAGACUUUCGAGCUGGAAGGGACACCAGCUCCGACCAAGAGGUGA